AUGGCGGGACAGGUAGCUGCCACCCGGCAUCCGGGGCAGACUUAUUGUGUGUACCACAGACAGAAAAUUUUAGACUGGUUUUGUGAGACAUGUCAUAACGUGAUAUGUGCUGAAUGUGUAUCGACCUCACAUAAGGGUCAUAACAAUAUCCUUCUAAGCAAAAUUACUCCGGACAACAAAAUCAAAAUAAAAACAUUUAUUGAAAACACUGAACAAAAAGGAUUGAUUCAAAUUCAAGAGGAAAUCGAUUUUACCCAGGAUAGUCUGAAAAGACAUUUGAAACAAUUCGAGAGUUUGUCGGCAGAAGUGAAAGAGCAAGGAGAAAAAAUCAAAGAAGAUGUUGAUGUUUUGAUAGAUCAAACACUUUCUCAAUUGAUACAUUUGAUAGAAGGAAAUACUCCAAUCCUCACUACUUACACAAGCGAACUGGAGAGGAAACUGGUGGAACGAAAGAAUCAAAUAAACCAGUGUAAGGAAACCCUUCAGAUCGGCACAGAUAUCCAGGUAUAUGACGCUAUGAUUGAAAUGCAAGCCAACAUAACCUUACCUGGAAAACCCGUCCUAGGUACUGCCAACUUCACUCCAAAUCAUAACAGGAACAAGGUCUUGAAGCAAGCAUUUGGAACACUUACCAUAACACAACAUGGACAUUUACAAGGUCAGUCUGAACACAAACAGAUACAGAGCUUUUCCUGUCUCCAAACUGACCAGUCACAGACAGCACAAGAUCAACAUGCCCUGGAGAUUUCGUCGUCUGAACAGACACCAGAGAAGGAGACUUCACCGUCUAAACAGAUACCAGAAAAGGAGAUUUCACCGUCUAAACAGGCAUCAGAAAAGGAGACUUCAAUGUCUAAACAGACACCAGAAAAGGAGACUUCGUCGUCUAAACACACACCAGAAAAGGAGACUUCAAUGUCUAAACAGACACCAGAAAAGGAGACUUCAAUGUCUAAACAGACACCAGAAAAAGAGAUUUUACUAUAUAGGCGGGCAGCGCAAUCUGCGAUUACAACGUCUGGACAGCCAACUCUUCUACAAGACACCACGAUACUUUCAGUUUGGAACGUUCCACGUAUAACAAUAUCUAGCUGUGCCCCUUGCGGUGGUGAUAUCUGGACAAGUGAUUGGUUCAGUAAUGACGUCAUUAAACUGAACAGUCGAGGAAAAGAAAAGCAGCGCAUAUCAUGUUCCGUUGGUGUAAGUGAUAUCAGUAUAUCCCCCUCCACAACGAACUUCUGGAUAUGUUCUAACGAAGAUAGCAGCGUCAUGGAACAAGAAUCGGGUACAACAGCACUGAUCCAUAGAUUUAACACACGGGCUGAACCUAGAUGCUUGUGUGUUAAAAGAGAUGGUCUUGUCCUUGUAGGAAUGAAACACUGCAUUGAAGAAUACACACCAGAUGGUAUCUACAUCAUCGCAACCAAAAAGUCAUGGCUUUGGAAACCUUCAGUACGCUCACCUGUGAAGAUUUCACAGUGUCUGGUCAGUGGGAAUGUUGCCGUGGUGGACUUGGAUAAGUCGAGUGAUGGAGGUUUGGACGAAGCACUUGUCAUAGUGAUGGACAAACAUCUGCAGGAGUUGCACAGAUAUGGACAACAGGAACACAAAAGCAAGGCUCGAUCAGCACCUUUCGCUCCUUUGGAUUUGACAUACGACACUUUGGGAAACCUUGUGGUUACCGACUUUGAUAACAGAUGCCUUCAUCUUUUGAGUGGCGAUGGUGAAUACCUGCGACGACUACAUACAGACCACGAUAUGCCAUGUGCUAUUUGUGUGGAUAGCGAUGGAGUUCUGUGGGUGGGAUUCGGGGGGUCUAUUAUGAUCCCUAAUAAACUCAAGCGUAUACAGCACAUUGGUGUUUAAGUCAAAGUGUAUGUUAUCAUUAGCAGAUAUGGACAGGAUAAGAUAUUAUCGCUGACACUUCAUCAACAUCUGCGUCGAUGUCACACAUUUCGGUCAGUGUGAAUGUUGCUGUCGUUGACAGGGAAAGAUCAUGUGAUUGUGUGAACAGGGCGAACCCUACGCCAUAAAUAUAAUGAUGGACAAACAAGAUUAUAAAACAUGUACAAAUAUGUAUUGAUCAAAAUGGAUAGUUUGUGGUUGGAGACUUUCAUCAUCUUUUUUGUUGAUAGAUGAUGGACUCUUGUUCUUGAAUAUAGACAGACACCCAGCUGUAUUUGAGAAUAUUAAGAAUGUUCACUGGUUGGAACUGUCAUUACUAAUGAAAAUCCCGUGUUACAUUCGCCGUUACAUGAAAAUGUUGUAUCAAUUAAUCUUGUAAAAGAAUUUACGUAAAUUAUUUAUCCUGAUCCACCACCACUAAAGCGAUACCGUUUUCCAUAAGACAGUAUUUUGGCUGGGGUUUGCAUCUGUUUGUGCAAAACAGCUUGUAUAACGACAGAAAUAUAUUUUCAUCAAAUCAAAUUAUAUGAAUAUUUAUUUUACUUCAAUACAUUCUAAUGUUAAGAUGGUAUAAUUCAUCUAACUUUAAAAUUUAGAUUCAUUUAAUUUCAUGUUUGAAAUAUACCAUAACAAAAAACAUAAGAUAAUUUUAUCGUUCUUGAUCAUUAAAACAUGUU